UUUACAAGCAUUCGUUACCUCACAUUUAACCGGGCUCCUCGUUCGCUUACAGGGCUUAAAGUUGGAAAACAAAAUGAGUGCAAUAAAACCAGACGUAGAAGCUCCCACCGAGGACAGCGGAGAGGAGAAAGACUGGGCCGCGGCCAAAGCUUGUUUUGACAAUCUCAAAACAAACAAACCGAGACCCCCCAAGCCCCGGUAUGCGGUCACCAUCGCGGUCUCGUCCCGCACCCUCUUCAACAUGGUGGCGGAGAGGAAGAUCUACGAGGACGAAGGAGUGGAGAAGUACGUGGCUUAUCAGGUGGAGCACGAACACGAGCCGCUGAUGCCGGGAGCCGCGUUCCCCUUCGUCAAGGCGCUGAUGACCGUCAACUCUCGCCUGAGGGAGCUCUACCCGGACAGCGAUGAGCUCUUUGAUAUCGUCCUCAUGACCAACAACCACGCCCAAGUCGGAGUUCGCCUCAUAAACAGCAUCAAUCACCACGAUCUGACCAUCGAGAGAUUCUGUAUGACCGGAGGGGAAAGUCCAAUAGGAUACCUAAAGGCCUACAUGACGAACCUCUACCUCUCCAAGGACUCUGAGAAAGUCACAGAGGCCAUAGAGGAAGGCAUCGCCGCAGCCACUAUGUUUACGGCAGAAAAGGAGAACGAGUUGAGCGACACCCAGCUGAGGGUGGCGUUUGAUGGCGACGCCGUCCUCUUCUCAGACGAGUCUGAGAUCAUCGUGACGGAACACGGCCUGGACACGUUCUUUGAGCACGAGAAGGAGUUUGAGAACAAGCCUCUCGCGCAGGGUCCUCUCAAGUGUUUCCUGGAGGCUCUGGGGAAGCUGCAGAGAAAGUUUUACGUCAAGAACGAGCGCGUCACCUGUCCCAUCCGAACCUACCUGGUGACGGCCCGCAGCGCGGCCAGCUCCGGGGCCCGCGUCCUGAAGACCCUCCGCAGCUGGGGCCUGGAGAUCGACGAGGCUCUCUUCCUGGCGGGGGCUCCCAAAGGGCCGCUGCUGCAGAAAAUCAAACCGCACAUCUACUUUGACGACCAGAUGUUCCACAUCGAGGGGGCCAAAGAUCUGGGAACCAUAUCGGCACACGUCCCCUACGGGAUCGGACAGAAGUACCACAAGGGGACACUCAUUGAGCAGCCCGCCAAGAAGGAAUAACCUGAAACUGGUUGAAAUAAUACAUUUCCGCUACGCUCCGAAAUAUGAUCUUGCGUUCAUGAAAUAUGAUCUGUUAAAGGAACACCAGUAUUUUUAAAGGAUUGAGGUCAUUCUUUGGUAACGCCGUGGACAAAGUUUCCUAAUUUUAGGGGUUUUAUUAAAUAUUUUCGACGGUUUCUUUAGGAUAAGGUUUUAUUGCGAAGUGGGGGAAUGUAUUUUUCAAACGUAGAGUUACACUCGGGGCCACAAACUAUUUCCCUGAAUACUGUUGUGAAGUAGACGCAGCCGCUCACCUGUCGAGGCCUUUUAACUGCACUGCCUGUGACCUUCUGAGAGAGCGCUUUUCCUUUUUCUACCCUAUGAUGUCAUUUUCUUGACAGUUUCAUACAAUAAGCACGUCAUCUUAUUAAUCUUGGUUUUAGCUGUUGGUCCUUGGCAUAAUCAAUCUGACCAGGGAGGGAGAAAGUAUCUGUCUGAAGAUCAUGAGUCAGUAAAAAUCGAUAAUUUACAAUUUCCAAAAUUGUUUGGUGUCUGCUUUAUUUUUUUGAGGUAUAUUAGUAUGAGAUAUGAGUUUUAAAGAAGCACUUAUAAGGGUGUCGCUGGCUUACAGGGAACUCUGACACUGUUUUUCUUUGUUAGGGUCUGUUUUGUCGAUGCACACAAACAAUAUUAAACUUAGACUUUAUAUUUCUCCUCCAACCUUUAUCCUCUGUUGUUGUUCUGUGAGUUGUUUACGCUUGUACAUUACCUCAUUAUCAGGCAGCACACUAACUCCACUUUUCUGUCACGCUAUAGUACUUUUAUAUAGGACUGAUUACAUAUUCUAUAUUGAAUGUUGCAAAUAUAUGUAAACUUUUCCUUAGCUAUUUGACUUUGGAGUGCUACAGUAACACUUGUUUGUGAAUGUUUGUAUCAUGUCUGUCUCCAGAUCAUGUGGCGUUUUGAAAUGAUUGUAAUUGUGCACAUGAUAACAUGUUUACACUAUUUCACUUUUCUAAACUGCAAUGUCUGUCUUGCCUUUUGUGUGUUGAGUGCAGAGGAAUAAAGAAAUGUGGAGGAACCCCAA